GCUCCUGAGACCCCCCCCUCCCCCGUGGAAGAGGGUGGGUUGGCGCUACCCGGGGAUAUAUUUGCAGCUGACAGCCCGUGGCUGCCUCGCUGUCGGCCCCUGCCUCGCUGUGGUGACUGAACCAGCAACCGCCCGGCGCCGCGCCACUUGCGAAGCGCAUGAGUUCGAUCGCGAGCUGAGGUCGCGGUUAUCCGCAGCGCUGCACGCCCCCCCCCUCCCCCUCGCCGCGAUGGCUGCUCGUCGCACUUCUUAUUUCGAGUUCGUGACGAAGACCCGGGGACCGAAGGAGCAGGGAGCGAAGGAGCAGGGAGCGAAGGCCGAGGAGCUCCGCGCGUUCAAGACGCUGCGCAGCGGCUUCCCAUGCCACCUGUCGUGCGUGGCGUACGACCCGGUGCAGCGGCUGCUCGCGGUGGGCACUCGCUCCGGCUCGCUCUGCGUCUUCGGCCAACCAGGCGUGGAGAGGUUCUGCGAGCACGAGUCGCAGGCCGGGGUCCUUCAGCUGCACUUCCUCGUCAACGAGGGAGUGCUGGUUAGCGUGUGUUCCGAUGACAAGCUGCACAUGUGGAGUCUGCGACAACACAAUCCGGUCCUGGUCCACUCGAUCACGCUGGAGCCCAAGGCAAGCAUCACGAGCAGCCACCUGCCGUUCCGGAGCAAGUGGCUGUACGUGGGCACAGCCAAGGGCAACGUGCACGUGGUCGCCGUGGAGAGCUUCGCGCAGUCCCAGUACAGCAUCAUGUGGAACGACGCCGCGGGGCCUUCUCAUCCUGGAGACGUGAUUCACAUCAGCGAGAAUCCUCUCGAUGAAGACAAGCUUCUCGUAGGUUAUGAGACCGGGAUCAUUGUGCUGUGGGAUAUCAAGUCACGGAAGCCUCACUACAGAUACGACUGUGACCAGGACCUGCACUCGAUGGCUUGGCAGAGCAAUGGGGAGCAGGUGGUGUGCGGGUUGGAGGAUGGCACCGUUGGCACCUGGAGCUUGCGGAAUCCCAGAAAACUCGGCUGCCUAACCAUGCCACAUGAUGCCGAGUGGAGCGGCCCUAUCAUGAAGGUUGACCACAGGAGCUGUGCGUCUGGGGAGUCAGUGGUCGUGUUCACGGGGAGCUCGGCAGAGACCAGCGGUGCCCAGAGGAGCAUCUUCAUCGUCUGCGGCAGCAACGUCCACACCACCGACAUGGAUUCGGACAUCGUGGACUUUGUGAUGCUCAGCAACUCCCCGUACGCUGGCGAUUUGCAGAAACCCUUUGCGGUGGCGGUUCUCCUGGAGGAGGAGCUGCUGAUGAUCGAUCUCGAGAAGGAAAGCUGCCCUGUGUUGGAGAGCCCGGCUUCCCUGAGGCUGCAGCGGCCGGAUGUCACCGCCUGCCUGUACUGCUGCCCCUGCUCCCCGGACUUCCUCGCCGCCCUUAGCAGUGCCAGUGGGUCCAAGGCUCGGCAGAGGAGCGUCGGCAGGCAGUGGCCGCUACGUGGGGGCAAGCCCAGCCUGGAGAAGCCGGAAUCUGCGGAGGCCAUCCUCACCGGCCACUCCGAUGGAACUCUGAAGAUUUGGGACGGAUCGGGAGGCACGCUGGCGCUGCUGGCGGAGGUGGACGCGGGGGCCGUGUUUGAGCGAGAGGACUCGACGCGCUCCGAUACCGGCGGGGGCGGCGGCGACUGUGGCCUCGCGAUCCAGCACCUGUGUCUGUGCCGCCGGAGCCACGUGGUGUGCGUGGCGCUCGCCUGCGCCCACGUGCUCCUCUACGCGCUCCGCGACCGCGAGGCGCACGGCGCCAUCGGCGUUGUAGACGUCGGAAGGCCCGGCCGCAAUGACUCCCCGGACGUGCCGGCCUCCGAUCCCGCGCCGCCGCCGCAGCCGAACGGCACGCCAUGCGGCCAGGCGACGUCGCGCGGCGACUCCAACGAGGGGCCGAGCUCCGAAGUCGACGGUCUCAGGCUCUGCAGGGGUGCACUGCGCCAGGCCGCUGGGUACCAGCUGGAGGCCGUGGUUCGAGUCGUUGGGGCCGGCAGCGCCGCUUCUGUGUCCAGCGUGGGACUGUGCUCCGAGCACAACCUUGUGGCAAUAGGCCACAACUUCGGAGUGACGGUGGUGGACUUCAAACAGAAGAGUGUGCUGGCCAGCUUCAGCAUGUCUGUUGUGCUGGGAGGCACAGAUGCCCCGAUCAAUACCAACAGAGAGAGCUCUGUAGAGAGCACCGAUGGUUCACUGGAAGAAGACCAUCCAAAAUCUUCUCCAGUGUACUCCCCGCGGCGUCUGAGCGUGAUGAUGGAGAAAGUCAUGAAGGGGAGGAGAAAAAGUACUUCUGCAGACCAGGGUCCCCUAAAGGUACAGGGCCCCACCGCCGCCGCCGCCGCCGUGGAGGAGCGCCCGCCGCCGCCGCCGUCGGAGGCCACGGCCGACCGCGAGCCGCUGGCCGUGAGCCGCCUCUGCUUCGGCGAGUCCAACGGCGCCACCCGCCCCGGCCACGUGUGGGCGGCGACCAGCAGGGGGACAGUCGCCAGCCUCGCGCUGAAGUCGCCGCGGGGGGAUCGGCGCUCCAGCCAGCCGGCCGUCCUCGGCCUAAACCGGAAGGUGAAGACCCUGGGUGGCCCCGUGCUGUGCCUCGCUCUCCUGGACCGUGACGCCCGGCUACUGGAGCCCGGCGGCUCGUCGUGGCAGGGUGCCGCCAAGGCCUUCACCGCGCAGCGCCGCUCCGGCUCCACCGGAUCCUUCGCCGAGUUUGCCAGCGCGGCGGCGGCGGCAGAGGCUGUGGGCGCGCCGGGCGGCGCCGGGCUGGUGCUGGCAUGCGCCGAGCGGCAGGCGCGCGUGUGGGGCGCCAAGGCGUCGUACAAACACUCGCUGUGUGACGGGGGCGCGCCGGUGGCGAUAAGGGCCAGCGCGGUGGACGUGGAUGGGGAGACGCGCCUCGCCUGCCUGCGCGUGGACGGCAACGUCGCCGUGUUCCAGCUGCCGGCGCUGGCGCAGCUGCUCUGCGUGUCCCUGCUGCCCGUGCUGGGCCUGAGGGCCGCUCGCACCGCCUGCUUCGCCGACGGCGGCCACGUGCUCUACAUGGACGGCCCCGGGGAGAUGCGCAGGGCGGCGCUGGUGGGCGUGGAGCAAGGCGCCAUUGACACGGAGUACAGAGGAGACCUUUUCAUUUCCGUGCCGCAUCCCGAGCCCACGAAUAACCAGUUCUUCAAGAAGCUCUUCAAAUCCUGGGGCUUCUCACUGGACAAGAGGGAGCUCUUCGGCGACACGAUACCCAGCCACCCCGCCUCGUCGCGCCCGAGCCCUGGCAGCCAGCCUCGGCGCCCUCUCUGCUCCGACGGAGGAUCCCGGAAUACCGCCCGGGAUCUCGGGCCGGGGCCUGGGUCGCCGCCGCUCAUCAGGGGCGAGACGUCGCCCUUUGAACGUCUGUGCAAGAGCAUCGCGGAACGCGGGGAUGUGCUGCAAGACACGGUGAUCAAAACCGCGGAGAUGGAGAGCAGUGCUGGAAAACUGCUGCAGCUAAGCGAGCAGCUUAUGAGGGAGCGCCAGGGCAGGCGAUUCUCCCACAAGUGAAGAGAGCUCGGCCACGACACAACCCGCGACGUGGGGCGCUCCGCCGCCGCCGCCGCCGCUGCGGUGGCCGCGGCGGCCACGGGGAGGGAGCCGGCCCAGCAGCGGUGGCGGCGGCGGCGGGGAGGGAGCCGGCCCAGCAGCGGUGGCGGCGUGUCCAGCAGACGGGCCGCCUGUGUGUGGCCUGCAGGGCCCUCCCCCAUCACCCCCUGCGUGUCGUUCCAUGGACUGGCAGCGCAAGUGGUAAAUCGGCUUUCGCGGCCAGGAGAGGCCACGCUGGGUUUGAUUCCUCCGAUUCGUGGGGCUUGUCCACGUGUCCAAGUCGAGUUCUAUCCCCGCUUGUUCCGCACGGGGUUUCCGCUGGGUCAGCUCGGUCUCCUCUCGUAGCAAACACAAUAGCAGCAGCAGCAACAAAUGUAAGUGGUGUUUGCCAACAAACCGUGCUUCAAAUGCUGAACAAUGUUCCUGGAAAUGACUCAACUGGGUUCAACACAGCAGCGGCAGCAGUAACCACAUCAUACCCCUUUUCCCUUCCUGAAAAAAAGGUCUUUCCUGGGUGAACAGGUGUCAACAUAAUCACAACAAAGACGGAAAACGGUGGCGAGUGUAAUUCGAUUGGCUUUUCCCGACUAGUAAGCGCGCGCAGAUCGCUGACAACGUUCGUUGCGAAUGCACUGCCCAGCCUGAAUAUACUGCACUGCACAGCACGCCACACAACACAGAACACGGCGAUUUGUCGCUUGAGUGGCGUUGACGCCACCGCGGCGCUUGUGCCAGGCUAGGUGCACCUCGACGCAAGUGUUUUUCAUUGCGUGCACGUCAACUGCACGUGUCGUGAGGCGGGCGGCCGUACAAGACGACUGUGGAGGCGGGCGCUGUCGAGCGAGCGUCCUCCGAGGGACUCGGGGCAGUCGUGGCGCUGUGGCCUCGAGUUCGUCAAACAAAAAUUGUUGUUAAUAAAGUGCCGAGUAUUCGUGAUUGCGUGCAAUGUGAAUGCAGGGUGUGUGGCUGCCUAAUAAA